AUGGGAUUGGCAGCUACUAGAAGCAAACAAAGAUUUGGAUUGGAUCCUCGAAAUACCACUUGGAGCAAUGACACAACAAGAUUUGGGCAUCAAUACUUGGAGAAGUUGGGUUGGAAGCCAGGUAAAGGCUUAGGCAUAGUUUCUCAUGCUACAAAAACGCACAUCAAGGUAUCAAUCAAAGAUGACAACCUGGGUUUAGGUGCGAAAAUUAAAAAGACCACAAAGACAGAUGAAUUUGACAGUGGUGAAUGUGCAGGAUUGGACGUAUUCCAAAGAAUAUUAGGUCGGCUGAACGGUAAAGAAGUUGCUGUUGCCAAUGAGUUAGACAUACAGAAGAAAGAAAGGAUUAUCAAUGGCAAGUGGGGCAUUCAUUUUAUAAAAGGAGAAGUUUUAGCUAGUACUUGGGAUACUCAGUCUAAGACUUUGAAAACUUAUAGGAAUACGGAUAACCAGACAUCCCGGGAAUCUGAUAGUGAUGAUGAUGUUGACAUGGAAAAGAAGAAGAGGAAGGAUAAGAAGAAGGAUAAGAGUAAGACUAAAUCUAGGAAUUCAGAAUUAGGAGAUAAAAAGAAGAAGGAGAAGAAGGAGAAGAAGGAGAAGAAGGAGAAAAAAGAUAAUGAGGAAAGGAAGAAAGUGAAAAAGAGCAGGGCAGACAAGAAAUCUAACAAAGAAGACAAGGUUAAGGAAAAGAAGGAAGCAAAGAAAAUUCGAAAAAGGGAAUGUGCUUUCUCAGAUGAAACGCCUAAAAAGAAGCCAAAGAAGUUCAUUUCCCAGGUCAGCGAUUCGUCUAACUCUGAUAAAAAAAUUACAAGUGAUGUUAUACUACCGCAGCCAAGUGCCAAUGCAGCAGAUGCAACAUCCACAAGACUUUCUGUCCGGUCAAAAUGGAUCAAACAAAAGAGAGCUUCUGUCAUGGAUCCAAAAGCAUUGAAUGAAAUCUUCAUGGUUACUAGUUAG